GGCAAGUCGGGUCCCCGUCGGAUGAACCCGCUCCCGUCAUGUCCAGGAGAGAAAUCGCACAGUUGACCUGCAGUCCCAAACAGCUGGUGUGUGUGGAGAUGCUGCAGGAGGGAAACCACAGGUCCUUCACGGAGCUCUACAGUCUGCUGCGUUCUGAUCGGGACCGGAGAGCAGCAGCAGAACCCGGGUCAGCUCUCUGCUCCCAGACGCCUCUGGAGGAACAAGCAGACAAACUGCAGCUCAUCAGGAAACACCUGACCCGGGCCGAGGAGGAGGACCGGGUCCACCUGACCCGGGACCGGGUCCACCUGGAUCAGGACCGGGUCCACCUGACCCGGGCUGAGGAGGAAGAUCGGACCGGUGCUGGGUUCAAACUGACAUGUUCUGUGACUCCUGAGAACGUUGAGAGCUUAAUGUGACUCCGUGUGUGUGUGUGUGUGUGUGUGUGUGUGUGUGUGUGUGUGUGUGUGUGUGUGUGUGUGUGUGUGUGUGUGUGUGUGUGUGUGUGUGUGCGCGCGUGUGCGUGCAGGGGCGAGCGAGCAGCGUCUGCUCCUGGCUCGCCUCCUCUGGGCUCCAGAGGACGCCUGGCUCAGACUUCACUUCCUCCACGGUGCCGAGCAGGACGAAGGCUCCAGAAGCUCCGCUGAGAGAAAACUGAGCCUGAGUGAGGAGUACCUGAAGCAAGGUGAGCUGCACCGUGCGAGGCAGCAGGUGGAGCUGUUGCUCCAGCAGCUGGGAGACAGCUAUCUGGACUCGAACCGUGGUCCCCUGCAGCUCCGGCUGCGCCGCGUGACGUGGACGACCUUCAGCCGGCUGGCCGCCGCCCUGCUGGACUCCGGGGACUGCGGCGCCGCCCUGGCGCUGCUCCGGCGGGCGCACGGCGCCGUCAUGGAGAUCGGAGACAAGAGACUGGAGGCGGAGGCCGCGCUCCAGCUGGGACGGACCAAUCAGAGCGCAGGGAACCACCACGCAGCCCGACAGUUCUUCAACAGCUGCAUGCAGAUCUGUGGAACUCUGGGAGAUACAGACGGACUGCUGGAGGCUUGCAUGGCGACCGCUGAGUGCCUGGAGAGGUGGAUACACACACAUACACACACACACUCACCGUUCGUUUUCAUAUUUUUGUCUUUGCGUGUGUGUGUGUGCGUGUGUGUGUGUGUUGACAUCAGUGAGGGGAGCUAUGAUGAGGCCGUCCAGUGCUUGGAGGAAGUCGUCGAAAUCACCCGGAGCAACGGACUGCAGGAGCAACUGGCUGAGACCUAUAUGCACCUGGGAAACAACUACUACAGCAGGGCUCGGUGUCGGACGGCCUGUGACUACUUCCUGCAGAGCUGCCAGGCGGCCAGAGACGCCGGAAACCGGUCUCUGCUGGAGGACGCUCAGGUGAUGGUGGGCGUCUGUCGCGCUCGCAGCUCGUUUGAGUCAUACAUGGCCGACGUGGCGUCGUCCUCGCCGUCGGCCUUACGGAGACUCUGGCGGUACGAGGCCGCCGGGGCCGAGCGGGACCCCGACUCUGGCGCUGAAGAGGGCUGACUGGUGCUCGCGGAACCUCCCUUCGUUAGCUUUGUUCUGUUGUAAUAAAUCCAGUUCAGACAUUGA